UCUCGUCCUGUCCCGCCGCGGCCGUGACGGCCCCGCGCAGCCCCGGCCGCAGGGCGGCGGCUGGGGCUGGGACCGGGGCAUGGCCGAGCCCGGCCUCGCGGUGCGGAGGAAGAGCCGCCCCAGCUCGGAGCGCAAGAGGAGCGGCGCCCCGGUGCAGCCCAGCGCCACCAGCUCGCCGGUGGCUCCCAAGAGACCGAGCUCUGGUGGCGAGGGGCCACCGCCGGCGGAGCCCCCGUGCUGUAACGACAGUGAGGAAGACAUGUUUGGUGACUAUGACAGCUUCUGUGGAAAUGAUUCUUUGCUAGCUCAAGUGGAUGACAUCGAACACAAGUACCUGCAGGAUAAAAACAUGGAUGUGAAAGCAGCUAGAGAAAUCACAGUUGGGAAUCUUCAGUCAGGAAUUCACCAGAAAAAACAAGACAACUUCUCUGCUUCAGAAAAGGCAUCUGUCCUUAAAGCUGACAAAGAGGGUGCUUGCCAAGUGCAGGACAGAGACCUGGUGGAUGGCAGUAGAGAACCAGCUGAAUCUCUUUUAGACGACUUGCCAUCAUCACAACUUUUGUAUUUUGAGAAAAUGGAUGAACUUUCUUCUGCUUUUAGGACAUCGCCAGACUCAAAAGAGAGGAGUGAAUGUGUGAAUUCUUCCUCGAACAAAAUCAGGAGCCCGUUGUCUUAUUGUGCUGAUGCUGAACACAGGAACAGACCUAUGGACUUUUCCUCAGACUCCAAGUGUGUUUUAUUGAAAACUGAGAGUCUUAAAGAUCACCUAAAAAGUGCUAUGACUGGGAAUGCUAAAGCCCAGACUCUGCAGGUCUCUAAGACCAAGCAGCUUAAAGAAGCUGUUUUAUCUGAAGAGAUUUUUGUUGCUAGGAAAGCUAUUGAAUCUUCUUCUGUUGAUAUAGGCCCUUUUUAUGGAUUACCUAGCAAAGUUAAAGAUUUAUUCAGACAACUUCGAGGGAUUGAAACACUUUAUGAGUGGCAGCAUGAUUGCUUAAUGUUAGAAUCUCUACAGCAAAGAAAGAACUUAAUAUACUCAUUGCCAACCAGUGGUGGAAAAACACUGGUAGCUGAAAUAAUGAUUCUCCAAGAACUACUCUGCAGGCAGAAGGAUGUUCUGAUGAUCCUGCCAUAUGUUGCCAUUGUCCAAGAAAAGAUUAGGGGUUUAUCGAGUUUUGGGGUAGAACUCGGUUUCCUGGUUGAAGAAUAUGCAGGAAGUAAAGGAAGAUUUCCACCAAUCAAAAGGAGAGUAAAAAAAUCUCUUUAUAUUGCUACCAUAGAGAAAGGACAUGCUCUGGUGAAUUCCUUAAUUGAAACAGAUAGGAUCAGUGACCUUGGUCUGGUUGUCGUAGAUGAGCUGCAUAUGCUUGGUGAGGGAAGUCGUGGAGCAAUACUGGAAAUUACUCUUGCGAAAAUCCUUUACACCAGUGAAAACACACAAAUCAUUGGAAUGAGUGCAACGUUAAAUAAUGUUGGAGACCUGCAGAAGUUCCUGCGAGCAGAAUACUACACCAGUAAUUUUAGACCGGUAGAAUUAAAGGAGUAUGUGAAGAUACGAGACACCAUUUAUGCAGUUGACAGCAAAACAGAAAACGGCUUUACGUUUUCACGUCUCCUUAAUUUCAAGUAUUCUAGUUGUCUGGAGAAAGCGGAUCCUGACCACAUCAUUGCACUGGUUACUGAAGUUAUUCCUAAUUAUUCCUGCCUAAUCUUUUGUCCCACCAAAAAGAAUUGUGAAAAUGUGGCUUCAAUGGUGUGCAAGUACCUCAAGAAAGAAUUUAGAGCUCACAGGGAGAAAGAAAAACAAGAUCUCGUCGAGAACCUAAAGAAUAUUGGAAAUGGAAGUGUCUGUCCUGUUCUGAAGCAAACAAUCCCUUUUGGUAUUGCCUAUCACCACAGUGGCCUUACAAAUGAUGAAAGAAAAAGCAUAGAGGAAGCAUAUUCUUCAGGUGUCCUGUGUCUACUUGCUUGCACAGCUACCUUGGCUGCUGGAGUCAACUUGCCAGCUAGAAGGGUUAUUCUCAGAGCUCCUUAUGUUGCUAAUGACUUCCUGAAGAAGAACCAGUAUAAACAAAUGAUUGGCAGAGCUGGUCGAGCCGGUAUUGACGAUGCUGGAGAAAGUAUUCUCAUAGUGCAAGAAAAAGACAAACACUUGGUUCGGGAUUUAGUUAAUAGUCCUUUGGAGAAUUGUUACAGCAAUCUUCUGCUGGAGUUGACCAAGGGAAUGCAGAGCCUGUUGUUGUCUUUGGUUGGACUGAAGAUAGCAGUUACCUGUGAGGAGGUCAACAAUUUUAUGUGCGGUACAUUGCUGGGUGUUCAGCAGCAGCUGCUGUCUAAAGAGAAGAGCCUCUCAGAGGUAAUUAAAGAUGGACUAGAAAAUCUAAUAGAAAAAGGACUCCUAAAAGGAAGAAUAUCUGAGAAGGACCACAAUUCCAAAUGUACACUAACAAUCACACCGUUGGGAAAAGCUACGUAUAAAGGAUCUAUAGACUUGGCAUACUGCAAUCUUCUGUACAGGGACUUGAAGAAAGGUUUGGAGGGGCUAAUUCUUGAGAGCAAUCUUCAUCUCCUGUAUCUGGCAACUCCUUAUGAUGUGACUUCUAGCUGUAGCCCAGAUUGGAUGAUAUACUUGAGACAGUUCAACCAACUAAGUGCAGCAGAGCAAAAAGUAGCAGAUAUUGUGGGAGUGCCUGAAAGCUUUAUUACAAAAAAGGCUUCUGGUCAAGCCAUCAGAAAGAAUGUGGACAGUGCUGUGGUAAACAGGCUCUACCUGACGUUUGUCCUUUAUACUCUGGUGAAAGAGACCAAUAUAUGGAACGUUUCAGAGAAAUUUAAUAUGUCUCGAGGAUAUGUGCAAAAUCUUCUUAAUUCUGCUGCCUCGUUCGCCUCCUGUCUUCUACACUUCUGUGAGGAAUUGGAAGAAUUCUGGGUUUAUAAAGCCUUGCUGACAGAACUUACCAAGCAGCUGACAUACUGUGUUAAGACAGAACUCAUCCCUCUGAUGGAGGUAGCAGGGGUUCUAGAGGCAAGAGCAAAACAGCUUUAUAAUGCAGGGUACAAAACUUUAGCACACUUGGCUAAUGCAAAUCCAGAAACUCUGAUAAAGAUGAUUGAGCACUUGUCACGACGUCAAGCCAAACAAAUUGUUUCAUCUGCAAAGAUGCUGCUGAGUGAAAAAGCUGAGGCUUUACAAGAAGAAGUUGAAGAACUCCUAAAGGUGCCUACAGAUAUCCCAGGGACCCACUGACCAACUGUCAUGGAGAAAAAUCAUGUCCAAAAUUUGGAUAUUUUAAAUUUUUUAACUUUCCCGUGUAACGCUGCUGCAAUGUAAUAAAUAUUUAAUGUCUUUUGUAUACCACAA